AUGAAAAAUGACAUUGUGAAUGAAAUUAUAGAUAAUUUUCCAAUUACCAGCUAUUCGUGGGAAUUAGUUGGUAUUUAUUUCGAAAAGAAAGCUGAGCUCGAAGUUGAAGAAGAUCGAAUGAGUUUCUCAUAUUACUUUAUCCAUGAAUUCGUACGAGUAAUGAAGGAAUUUGAAGAUAAACAGCAGCAACCCAAACAACAACAACAACAACAAGAUAAUAAUAUAGUUAGUUAUAAGUCGCUGGAGGAAGUUAUCCAAAGCUUUCCAGUCACAAGUUUAUCACUGGAUUUGGUAACAGUUUACAACCAAAAGAAACUGCAGAUUAGAGAUGAGUCAGAUCGAAAUCUGUUCCUUUUGUACUUUUCCAAAGAAAGAUCAAGAAUAAGAAGAGAACAAAAGCAACAACAGCAACAACAGCAACAGCAACAGCAACAACAACAGCAACAGCAAAAACAACAGCAACAGCAACAGCAACAGCAACAACAACAGCAACAGCAACAGCAACAGCAACAGCAACAGCAACAGCAACAGCAACAGCAACAGCAACAACAACAACAGCAACAGCAACAGCAACAACAGCAGCAACAGCAACAACAGCAACAGCAACAACAAAUUCAACAAGGAAAACAGCAACAAAAAACAGUUAGUCAAAAAGAAAGCAACAAAAACACAUAUCAAUUUAAACAACCCACAAUUAAUAAUAAAAAAGAUAAUAAAAACAACAACAACAACAACAAUCAGAACGAAAAUGACAAUUUUAAUUCGAGAAACAAAAACAAUAAUAACCCUAAAUCAACAGGAAAUCAAUCAACUUAUCAAUUUAGAAUUCCAACAAAUCAAAUUAAAAUAGAAUACAAUAAUAAUAACAACAAUGUAAUUGCCAACAUUGAUUACAUUAAUAACAUUAAAUAUUACAUUCAAAACUAUAUAAAAAAAAUAAAUAAUAAAUCAAAACCAAACCACAACACCUUCCAAUUUAGAAGACCAACUAGUUGGAAAGAGAACAACAACAACAAAAUCAUCAAUAUCAACUACAACAUUGACAACACUGCCAAUUACAUUUUAAACAUUAUUAACAAUAUCAAAAACAAAACAAUACCAAAUAAUAAUACAUAUCAAUUUAGAAUACCAAGCAAUAAAAAGAUGGAGUGGUCUGUAUUAUUGGAAUGUAGAUCAAUCUUAAAAGAGUCUGGUUUCUUUGGUCAUGUUCUUGACUAUAUGGUGGUGGUACUGGUCGUUGCAUGGGUGGCAGGGUGGGCACGAUCGAAGGAUCGUUGUACAGGUAAUAUUAGAUCAAUUUUAAAAGAGUCUGGUUUCUUUGGUCAUGGUCUUGGCUAUAUGGUGGUGGUACUGGUCGUUGCAUGGGCGGCAGGGUGGGCACGGCCGAAGGAUCGUUGA